UGUACAAGAAGUAUGUUGGAAAGAUUAUUAAAAUUAUUAACUUCUCGUAAUGAAUUCUUAAAAAAUCAUCAGGAUAAAAGCUCAUUAAAAUCUUAUGCACAGGAUCGUCUUUCAUCCAAUAUAGCACUUGAGAUAGCAUUGUUAGUUUUAUUAUGCUCUUCCGACAUUGAUAUCUGCACAAUGGCAAUAAAUUGUUUUAGUCAAUUAUGCCAAGAAGCUAAUCUGUCAGGUGCAAUAUUAAGUCAUGAUAUUGAAGAGGCAAACGAUAUCAUACCAUAUCAUAUGACAAUUGUAGAGAAUAUGAAUGUCUAUAACGAAUUAUCAGAAACCGCAGAUAUGUUUCAUGGAAAGGUAGCCCAACAACGUCGCAUACGUAAAUUGUUGCGUAUGAUGACUAAACCCACUCCAGGUAAUCUUGGUGCAUGGGAAGAAGCUUGGCGAAGAUGGAGACAAUCGAUUACCCAAUUCUCAAGAACCCCCGAUGAUCAAUUCAUUGAAUCUCCGGAUAGAAUCAGAAGAUUCAUUGGCAGGGGUCGAGCUACAAUCCCUAUUCCGCAUAAACUACCUGUGUCUCAUAGUUCUUCAUUUUCAAUCCCUGACAAUCAACUUACCGAAUGGCAGAAUUACACAGGUUUUUUAACAUCAUUAGGAGGAUGUUGUGUAGAUGAUAAAAUAUUAAAUAGUGCCAACGAAUACGUCGAUAAUAGAUUAUCAAUGCCACAACCAACAGAUUAUCAUACUAUGGUCGAGAAAUUUAUACAUGAGAUGGUCGAUUUAUUAACAAAUGAAAGAGUGUUUAUCGGUGAAAUAAUCAGAGAAACGUUAGGGAAUGAGUUGAGUCCAAGAUUGUUUGUGAUACUGUUUCGAUAUCUGGAAACACUAGUAAAGGAUUUUUUUUCAAAUGGUCAAGUAAUCUCAUCUCCCAAGAACACGGUCAUGGUGGAACAAUCCAUCAUUGUGUUGAAACUUAUCUUGGAUCGUAUACAUGAUUCAUCAGAACAUUUUUAUACUUGUGAUCUUGGCAACUUGGUACUUUCGUUUGCCAGAUAUUUAAAUAGUUUGGGCACUAAUAAUAUAGCUUUACGUAUAAAAAGGAAAAUUUGCGUCCUUACGGAAACUUUAAUGAUCAAAAAGGAGUUUGUGAGUCUCAGACAGGAGAUCAAGUUAAGAAAUAAUUUGUUGGAAAUGAUUAUCGAGUGGACUUCUGACUUUUCAACCAAUGAAAAUUCUAUAGGUUUAGAAAAUACUGUAAAUAAAAAUGAAAAAAUGCACCGAGAAUUGGAUCAAGCAUGCCUAAAAACCAUAGUUGCGCUAUUGGAUAAACUUCCACUACAACCUUCUGAUACAAAUCUUAAUACGGAUUUGGCCAGAUCCAAAUCUAGACUUUUUUAUAAAUAUUUCUCAUUUUUUAUUAAAUUAUUAAAUCGUUGUCGUAUUCUUGAGGCAAUCGAUCUUGGAACACACUCGGCUAAAAAUAAUCACGAUUUACAAAUGCUAUUAUCAAAAUCAAGAGACUUUGUUAAAGAUCUUGGACCAUUGAAAGAUUAUACAAUUUUGGCGCUUAGCAACCUAUUGAGUGCAAAUGUUGAUUCCGGCUUGACAUUUUCACUUUCAAUGGCCUACCACGAAGAUUCAAAGACACGAACAGCAUUUAUGCAGGUUCUUACAAAUAUUCUUAAUCAAGGAGUAGAAUUCGAAGGAUUGACCGAGAAUGCUAUGAAAGAACGUUAUGAAAGAUUGGUUAAUGUGUUCACAGGGCCAGAUUUGGAUUUUGCACUUUCAUUAUGUGAAGUUUGUCCAGUUAUAGAACAAGAAAAUCUUGCCGAGGUGCUGGUACUCGCGUUUGAUUCUCGUAACAAUUUACUACCUUUAUUAAAAGCAAUGUUUGACAAAGAAGUUUCUAGAACAUUCAAUGAUUAUGAUUUGCUUCGACGAAAUAGUAUUGCGACAAGAAUGUUGGGAUCUUUUGCUGAUAUUUACGGUGACGAGUAUUUGCGCGAGACGCUUCAGCCAGUUUUCAAUAUGUUAUUACGAAAACCAAAAAAUUUCAGAUGUGAAAUUGAUCGUGAAAGAAUGACUACAGAUGAUAAUAUUGUUAAAAAUUUAAAUAAUUUAAAAGAGGUUGCUCAAUCAUUUUUAGAUGCCAUCUUUGCUUCUUCUUCAACAAUACCAAAAAUGUUUAAAUCUGUAUGUUACCAUCUAUCUAAAUCGGUGGGCGCUAAAUUUCCUGACUCAUCUCAAACAACAGUUGGUUCAUUUUUAUUCUUGAGAUUUUUCAAUCCAGGUAUAGUUGCACCAGAUACCAAAAAUCUUUGUAAACCAAUUACCGAAGAAAGAAUAAAGCGCAUAUUGCUGUUAGCCACUAAAGUAAUACAAAAUUUGGCCAACAAUAAAAGGUUUGGCGCAAAAGAACCCUAUAUGGUUGACAUGAAUAAAUUUUUAGAGUCUAAUAUUGAAAGAUUUAACGAAUUUUUACGUGAAAUUUCCCAAAAAGAAUAUUCAAUUGAAGAAUUACGAGAAAAUGAUGUGCUCCCGCGUAGAUUAGAUGAUGCUCAUAAAAAAAUUUUACACAAACUUUUGUAUGACAAUCAAGAAAGGAUGAGUAGAGAUUUACAAACUCGUAGAAUUAAACCUUAA